AUGAUCAGAAUAAAAUUACCAACUCACAAACAUCCUUUAUACCCUACCCCUUGGGUUCGCAGUUGCAACGGUUGCUGUCGAGAUGGUGAUUACGCCAAAGAUGGCUAUCGUUGCUACGAAUGUAGAACCUUUUUUCACAAGGAGUGUGCAGAGUCAUCUUUAGAGAUCAACCAUUCAUCUCAUCCUGAACAUCCUCUCCACCUUUCCACUAUCGUGGAGAGUCGAUCCCCAUAUCUAAUUUGUAAGUUGUGUGGACUUUUAAUAUAUCAUAUGUUUUAUCAUUGUCCUAUAUGUAAAUUUGUUGUCGAUACGGCAUGUGCCAAAAAUCCACCACCAGAUGUUAUUGAACAUCCCAAAGCACAUGAACACUCUCUUGUCUACCUCAAAAAUGCGAAUGGCACAUGUGAGUUUUGUGAAGAGAUAUAUUGUAGUAGGUAUCUUUACGAAUGUUUCCAAUGUCAAUUAAAAUUCCACUUUGAAUGUGCUAACAUUCCUCUAGAGAUAAUUCAUCCUUCUCACUCUAAACACCCAAUUAAGUUCCUUACACGCGAAGAACAUCAUUUCUCUGAUGGGAAAUGUCGCAUAUGCGGAAACGAAUUAAAGAGAAGAUUUUAUCAUUGUUCAUUCUGUAAAUUCAGUGUGGAUCUAGCUUGUGUAAAUAAUCUACCACCACUUACAAUAUUAUCUCCAAAAGCUCAUGACCAUCAAAUCAGUCUUAUGCCAAGGAUCAUCUCUUUUAACUGUGAUGUUUGUGGGUGGGCUGGUGAUCGAAGUCCUUAUUCAUGCCGACAAUGUGAUUUCAUGAUCCAUCAAAGUUGUAUUGACUUACCAGAGAUCAUCAAUGUUAAUCGUCACGAGCAUCGUCUUUCUAGGCGUCGUCAGCUAAGUCCUGGGAAUUGGAUAUGUGGAUUUUGUCACAAGAAAGUUGAUUGGUCAUGUGGGGCAUAUUCUUGCUCAAUUUGUCCUAAUUAUGCCAUUCAUUCCAAAUGUGCAAUACGAGAUGAUGUAUGGGACAAGUUAGAACUCAAAGGGAUACCAGAAGAUUUUCAAGAAAUCAAACCGUUCAAGGUGAUAAACGGAAACCUAAUACAUCAUUUCAGUCACGAGGAACAUUAUCUACAACUCAACGAGGAAAACAUCACAUGCGGUGAAAACGUUCGUUGUGAAGCAUGUGUCUUACAUAUAAAUUACCAAGCAUUCUACAGUUGUGUGCAAUGUGAUUUCAUUCUCCACAAAACGUGUGCUAAUCUUCCUAGGAUGAAACGACAUAUUUAUUAUGACAAGCCAUUAACUUUAACGAGUGGUGGCAUGACACAAUUUAAGUGUUCGGCAUGCUAUAACUGGUCCAGUGGUUUCAGGUAUGGUACUGAAAGUUUCAAGAUAGAUGUAAUAUGUGGUGAAAUUUCUGAACCUAUCUUCCACGAAAGUCAUGGAUGUCCCUUGUACUACAUUUACAGGAAUGGGAAGACAUGUGCUGCUUGCGGAAAAUGGGAUUCUUCAACAUUUUGCUGCGAUGACUGUAAAUUUGUGCUAGAUCUCAAAUGUGUUGUUUUGCCGAAAACAACGAAACAUUGGUAUGACGACCAUCCACUCUCAUUAUGUUACAGAGUCAAUACAAAAGGAGAGUAUUGGUGUGAUAUAUGCGAGGAAAGUAUAGAAAAAUAUUGGUUCUACAACUGUGACGAUUGUUGUACUGCUUUUCAUACCAAAUGUGUUGUCGGCGAUUUCUCACUUCUCAUGCCUGGUCGAAGCAUAAUCACUUACUAUGAUGAACUGAGGAUUGAAGCGAUGCAAACCAGUCCUCGUUUCUUACCACGGCAUAUACGGCGAAGUGGCCAAAAGAUUCCCUCUAGCACCGGGACCAGCGGGAACUCUAGCCGGUUCAUUGUUUAUUUUCCUAACGAGCAGCUUUAG